AUGUCUUCUCCAGUUAAGAACGUCGCACUGAUUGGUGCCAGUGGUAACCUUGGAGUUGUCAUCCAGGACCAUUUCCUCGCCCAAAAAUCACCUCUCCGCCUUUCCGUUUUGACGCGGGAAAAGUCUGGUGCCAAGUUCCAAAAGGGCUUGAAUGUCAUCUCGACGGACUACAGCCCCGAGUCCCUCGAACGAGGGUUGAGAGGACAGGAUGUAGUCAUCAUGCUCCUCCCUCCAGAGUCCACUGUUGACCAUGAGACUGUCAUAGACGCGGCAGUCAAGGCAGGCGUCAAGCACUUCUUCCCCUCCGAGUACGGUGUUAGAACAUAUCACCCAGCUUUUGCCCAAGGCGUUUUGCUCGCGACGAAGAAGCGUUCUAUCGUGAAGCAUCUGGAGAAGACUCAGGAUAUCAUGAGCUGGACUGGUAUCAUGUGCAAUCCCUGGGUUGACUUUUGUGUCAUUGAUGGACUUCUGGGCUUUGACAUGAAGGAGCGAAAAGCCCGCAUCUACAAUGGCGGCGAUGUCCCAUUUUCCACGGGUCUCCGUGACUUGGCUGCCCAGGCUCUCUACGCGCUCAUCACCAACGCAGAGAGACUCGAGGAAGCAAAGAAUCAGUACAUCCACGUUGCUUCUUACACCGUGACUCAGAACGAAAUACUCGACGUCGUAAAAAAGUUGACUGGCCAGGAAUGGCAGGUCGAGAACGUCACCUCCGAGGGAGUCCUGCCAGAAGCCCUAGAGGACAUUAAGAGAGGAUUGAACUGGGGCUUAGGCCACCAAGUCCAAGCUAUUCUGUUUAGCUACGAUUCUGACGGCCAUUGUAUCGGUGAUUUUCGCCCGUUGGGGAUCUGGAAUGAGAAACUGGGUCUGCCAAAGAGUACCCUGGAGCAAGACUUGAAGGGCCCUCUUGCGGGUGAUUGGAAGGGGAUUGUUCACUGGCAGCCAGAUGAGCUUCCUAACUAUGAGCUCAAAAAGUAA